AUGAAGUGGGAUCCUGCCAACGAUGUACCAGGCGGCUACCAGGGUGGCCAAUCCGCCAUGAACACGCUCUUCGCGGAGCCAAGGAGCUUGCUGAUCUUCAGCCACGAUGCCUUCUGGCACCACCGUCAUGGCAUCGAUGCUGCAGCUGCUGAGGACAUCCCAUCCAAUCUGGUGAACUUGGAGCAGGCCGCUGCUUGGGGCUAUAAGCCUGGGGACCGGCUAGAGCGGGAUCGCCGCGUGUCAUUCACCAUGAGGUGGCUUGGCUUGAUCUGCUUGGAGUUUAGAGUUCACACUUUUGGGUUCACGGUGGGCCUUUACAAGUUACUGCGUAAUCAUGAUCUUACGAAGGCGCGCUGA